AUGGAAGACAUUCCACAAGAUCCUGAGAGGACCGUUGCUGCUGGCGUAUUUUCCAUCGCUAAUUUUCCCCCACGGGCCCCGAGCCCACCGACUCGCGCCAGACGACAAUUAAUGUUAGCAACUCUAAAGAAGGAAAAAAAAGAAAGAACAGAGGGCCGCGCCAACAGCGUCGGUUUCAAUAGUAGUGAUAACAACUACGCAAGUGAUUGUUGUUACGGCGCUGAACGUAACCAUAACCAUAACCAUAACCGCGACGAUGAUGUCGAUGACGAUGAUGGCUUUUAUUAUUACUUCUCCAAUGGGGAUGAUGAUGGCGCUGGCGGUUGUUGUUGUUGUUGUUGCGAUGAUGUUUUAAUGGCGGAGGAAUCAUGCCGUCGCUCUGGAAGUCGCUCACGUUGGUUUUCGCGUACGGGUUCGUUUGGUUUUACGGGUGGUCGCAUGACUCCUCUCGCGUGGUGUGCAUGUGAAGACGCCUCUACGCUUAACGGAGAUGAGCUGACGGGUGGUCCCGCCGUUGCAACUGCGAGUGCUUCAAUUGGAGUUGCUGAUAUUUGUGCUGUGAGUAGUUGUUCUUCGCCACGGCCAUCAUAUGGACAAGCAUUUGUGCCUCUCGCACGCCGAUGGUUAAAAGAUCCAUCACCUUCCAUACUUCCAUAUCCAAACCCCGGUUACUACAAGCGUAAUCACAAUGGACUUCACAAUCGGAGAAGUAACAGCCGUCAUGGUUAUUGCAGUUGCAGUUGCAGCCGAAGUGGUAGGGGUGAUGGAGAGGCAAUUGCAACCUCGCCUUUAGCAUCCGUGCGUGACUGCGAGAUCACGUAA